ACUGCUGAAUCAUCAAUUCGACUGGUAUAUAUAGUUCUAGGUGCCAGGGAGAGAGUCGUGAGUAUCCAUUUCAAUUCCAUAGUUGAAGAUGGAGGAGAAGGUCGGGAUGGCCAAGCUUUGGGCGCUUUUUCUUGUGGUUGUGGUCCUUGCAGGGAGCGCGCAGGCGGCGGCCGACCGGAACGUGAGCCGUGGUGGUAUGAGGCGGCUCGCAGGGGCGCCGGGUGUACCAGUGCCUAUCACCGUCCUCACGUCCGCGGUCGCGAUGGGAGCCGUGUGCAUGGAUGGGACGCCGCCGGCUUACCACAUGGAUUCGGGCUAUGGUGCAGGGAAGAACCGUUGGAUCGUUCACCUAGAGGGAGGCUCAUGGUGCGAGAGCGUGGGGUCGUGCCUGUACCGCAAGGCGAGCCGCCUCGGCUCGUCAAAUCUCAUGAACAGGCAGAUGUACUUCGGCGGCAUCUUGAGCUCCAGCCCCACCGAGAACCCUGAUUUCUUCAGUUGGAACCGGGUGAUGAUCCGCUACUGCGACGGCGCGUCUUUCGCCGGCGAAGGCUACGACCCGCGCUCGGGGCUCUUUUCCCGGGGCCAGCGCAUAUUUAACGCCGUCAUCCAGCACCUCCUCUCCAUGGGGAUGUCUUCCGCGGAUCAGGUGCUGCUGUCGGGAAGCUCCGCUGGGGCCCUGGCGGUGGUGCUGCACUGCGACCAGUUCGGCGGUUUCUUCGCCGGCCGGGGCACCACUGUCAAGUGUCUCGCCGACGCGGGAUUCUUCCUCGACGCCGUCAACGUCGCCGGGUGGCAUACCUUGAGAACCUACUUCGGAGGUGUCGUGGCCACGCAUGGGGUGGCUCAGAACCUGCCCAGGAGUUGCACCAGUCAUCUCGACGCCACCUCGGAGGAGGUCAGCUCCAAGAAGAAAGUGGUUAAGAAGGAAUUUGGCACAGCUGCUUCAACAAAGCCUGGUUUGAACAAGAAGGCUCCUGCCAAGAGAGUGCCCAUGUCAAAGGCCAGAGCCUCAACUCUUGAAGCCUCCAAAUCAACUGUUGAAGAGGCUGCUAGUGAAGGCAAGAUGAGGAAGGAAAGAGACAAGAAAACCAUGGCCAGAGCUAUUGGCAAACCCUUAAUGAUGAUUCAAUCUGAUGAGGAAGAAGAGGAUGCUGCACCAGCAUCAAAGACUCAUAAGCUACUGGGGACUUCCUAUGAGACCGUGCUCGUGGACAAGAAGCCCAUUGUAUGUGACAUGAAGUGGGUUGACUGGAAGUACAUCAACAACAAUGAAGAACACUUCCCUAGAGUUCAUGAGAGCUUCAGGAUGAAUGGAGUUGAUGCCUUUGUGGGUCAGAAAUUGACCAAGUGGAAUGAUGAGCUCAUUAUGCAGUUCUAUUUAGUAGCUCAUUUCUACCCAGAUGGCAGAACUGUUUGGAUGUCUGAAGGAACAAGAUAUCAGUCAACUGUUGCAAAGUGGGCCAAGCUAAUCAAUGCUCCCAAAGAGCAUGAGUAUGACACAGAUGUGUAUGCCAAGCCAAGAUGA